AUGGACGCCAACGUCAUGACGUCGUGCUCCCUCAGACGCUUCCCGGGCACGGGCGGUCACGUGGGCCGCUUUUCGCGCGAAAACUGGCUGUUGCUGGCGGAGCGGAGAGGAGUACUGAGCAGCGAUGGCGGUGAGCGCGGCGGAGUCUUUGCGUCUGCCGUGUGGGGCGCGGGCGGUGGGUUGUGGCCGCUCUCGUGUCCCGUCUCCCCUGGCACCUCCUGGUGCACCGGGGGCCCAGAAGGGCGGGAACGCGUGCUGGGGGGAGGAGAAUCGUCCGAGUCCUUCACGGUGGCGUCCAGCCCGGCCCCGAGGCGGAGAGGCAACGAUCCUCUGACCUCCAGCCCUGGGCGGAGCUCGCGGCGCACGGAUGCCCUGACCUCCAGCCCCGGCCGCGACCUUCCUCCCUUUGAGGAUGAGUCGGAGGGACUGCUCGGCACCGAGGGGCCCCUGGAGGAGGAGGAGGAGGAGGAUGGAGAGGAGCUUUUCGGAGAUGGCAUGGAGAGGGACUACCGCCCCAUCCCGGAGAUAGAUGUUUACGAGCCCGAGGGGCUGGCCCCGGACGACGAGGACGUAGACGAGCUGACCGCCAGCCAGAGGGAGGCGGCCGAGCGGGUCAUGCGGCGGCGAGACCGGGAGGCCGGCCGGGGCCUGGGCCGCAUGCGCCGCGGGCUCCUGUACGACAGCGACGAGGAGGAGGAGGAGCGCCGCAGCCGGAAGCGGCGGCAGGUGGAGCGGGCCACGGAGGACGGUGGCGAGGCCGACGAGAUGAUCGAGAGCAUCGAGAACCUGGAGGACCUGAAGGGCCACUCGGUGCGCGAGUGGGUGAGCAUGGCCGGCCCGCGGCUGGAGAUCCACCACCGCUUCAAGAACUUCCUGCGCACCCACGUGGACGGCCGCGGCCACAACGUCUUCAAGGAACGCAUCAGUGACAUGUGCAAAGAGAACCGUGAGAGCCUGGUGGUGAACUACGAGGACCUGGCCGCCAGGGAGCACGUCCUGGCCUACUUCCUGCCCGAGGCGCCGGCAGAGCUGCUGCAGAUCUUCAGCGAGGCUGCCCUGGAGGUGGUGCUGGCCAUGUACCCCAAGUAUGACCGCAUCGCCAGCCGCGUCCACGUGCGCAUCUCCCACCUACCCCUGGUGGAGGAGCUGCGCUCGCUCAGGCAGCUGCACCUGAACCAGCUGAUCCGCACCAGCGGGGUGGUGACCAGCUGCACAGGCGUCCUGCCGCAGCUCAGCAUGGUCAAGUACAACUGCAACAAGUGUGGCUUCGUGCUGGGGCCUUUCUGCCAGUCCCAGAACCAGGAGGUGAAGCCGGGCUCGUGCCCUGAGUGCCAGUCAGCCGGCCCCUUCGAGGUCAACAUGGAGGAGACCAUCUACCAGAACUACCAGCGCAUCCGAAUUCAGGAGAGUCCUGGCAAAGUGGCGGCCGGCCGGCUGCCCCGCUCCAAGGAUGCCAUCCUCCUCGCGGACCUGGUGGACAGCUGCAAGCCAGGAGACGAGAUAGAGCUGACCGGCAUCUACCACAACAACUACGAUGGGGCUCUCAACACUGCCAACGGCUUUCCCGUCUUCGCCACCGUCAUCCUAGCCAACCACGUGGCCAAGAAGGACAACAAGGUGGCCGUGGGCGCGCUGACUGACGAGGACGUGAGGAAGAUCACCAGCCUCUCCAGGGACCAGCAGAUUGGGGAGAAGAUCUUUGCCAGCAUUGCUCCUUCCAUCUACGGGCACGAAGACAUCAAGCGAGGCCUGGCGCUGGCUCUGUUUGGAGGCGAGCCCAAAAACCCCGGUGGCAAGCACAAGGUGCGAGGUGACAUCAACGUGCUCCUGUGUGGAGAUCCCGGCACGGCCAAGUCUCAGUUCCUCAAGUACAUCGAGAAAGUGUCCAGCAGAGCCAUCUUCACCACCGGCCAGGGGGCCUCGGCCGUGGGCCUCACGGCAUACGUCCAGCGGCACCCCGUCAGCAGGGAGUGGGCCUUGGAGGCUGGGGCCCUGGUCCUGGCGGACCGAGGAGUGUGUCUUAUCGAUGAAUUUGACAAGAUGAAUGACCAGGACAGGACCAGCAUCCACGAGGCAAUGGAGCAGCAGAGCAUCUCCAUCUCCAAGGCCGGCAUCGUCACCUCCCUGCAGGCCCGCUGCACCGUCAUUGCUGCCGCCAACCCCAUAGGUGGCCGCUACGACCCCUCGCUCACCUUUUCGGAAAACGUGGACCUCACGGAGCCCAUCAUUUCCCGCUUUGACGUCCUGUGUGUGGUGAGGGACACAGUGGACCCAGUCCAGGAUGAGAUGCUGGCCCGUUUCGUGGUCGGCAGCCACAUCAGACAUCACCCCAGCAACAAGGAGGAUGGGGGCCUGGGGGGCGCCCCGGAGCCCCCUAUGCCCAACACAUAUGGCGUGGAGCCCCUGCCGCAGGAGGUCCUGAAGAAAUACAUCAUCUACGCCAAGGAGAAGGUCCACCCGAAGCUCAACCAGAUGGACCAGGACAAGGUGGCCAAGAUGUACAGUGACCUGAGGAAGGAAUCCAUGGCCACGGGCAGCAUCCCCAUCACGGUGCGUCACAUCGAAUCCAUGAUCCGCAUGGCUGAGGCCCACGCGCGCAUCCACCUGCGGGACUACGUGAUGGAGGAUGACGUCAACAUGGCCAUCCGCGUGAUGCUCGAGAGCUUCGUGGACACGCAGAAGUUCAGCGUCAUGCGCAGCAUGCGGAAGACUUUUGCCCGCUACCUGUCGUUCCGCCGGGACAACAAUGAGCUGCUGCUCUUCAUCCUGAAGCAGCUGGUGGCCGAGCAGGUGACGUAUCAGCGCAACCGCUUCGGGGCCCAGCAGGACACGAUCGAGGUGCCCGAGAAGGACUUGGUGGACAAGGCUCGUCAGAUCAACAUCCACAGCCUGUCUGCCUUUUACGACAGUGAGCUCUUCAGGACCAACAAGUUCACCCACGACCUGAAACGCAAGAUGAUCCUUCAGCAGUUCUGA